AUGAGCGGAAGUCUAAUCAUCGAUUAUGAGUAUAAUGCCAAAGAAAUUAAAUCAUUUAUUGAAGAAGGUACAUUCUUUUCCCUAUUUGACAAGGGUGAUGCAAAUAAAAUCUUAAAACACGCUAAUCUAACAUCCGAUAAUUACAUUUCUCUUCUCAAAGAAGGAAAGGCGAUGUAUUCUAGCAGCAAACUAUUCAAAUACAUUUGUGGUUCACACGUUUCCUUUAAAAAUGUUGAUGAAAUGAUAGAUGUUCUACAAUUUGCUGCAAAAAAUCUAAAUCUGGCAAUUCUACAUGAUGUUAUUGAUGCUGUCACAUCUUUAGUUACACAAUUAAACACUUCCAAAUCUUCUAUCUCUGAUCUUCAAAAAACAAUACAAAAUCACCAGCUCGAGAUAGUUGAUUUGAAGAAACAGGUGCAAACAUUUAAUGAAAAGAUAAAUUUACUUAGUACAGAUAAUGAAAAAUUAAAGGAAUAUAGUAAUCAAAUGAAUUGUUUAUCUCGAAUGGUAGAAUAUAAGAAUUCUGACGACUUUUAUCAGAUUUGCUGUUUUUUGAGAGAAAUUCCAGACAAAAUGCCUCAAAAUAAAGUUAUUGACACAUUUGUUGAAGUGUUUAUGGAUCUGAUAUAG